AUCCGUGAUGAUAAUAGUGAAUACCUUAAUGAUGCUAUAUAUAAUAUUUUAUCUCGUCGUGGCUUUUUUGAUGAUGUUAAACAUUUGGUAAAUAUUCUUGCUCCAAUAAAGUCUGCAGUUUUAACAUUAGAAAGAAAUCAAGCAAAUUUGGCAGAAUGUUAUAUUCAUUUAUUGAAAUGUGCCAAUGCUAUGAAUAACUUGCCAUAUUGUGAAUAUAGAAUGUUCAGAAAUUUAUGUAUCAAUUUAUUUAAUCAAAGAUAUGAAGAAUUCGUAGAUGACAUUUAUAUACUUACAUUUUUUUUACACCCGGGUUACAAAGGGAGUGCAUUAAGACAUGGACAAUUUCAUUCUCUAAUUUUAAAAGCAGGAAUUAUUUGGCAGGGAAUGGGAAAAAGUAUGACGAGUUAUGAAAUAUUAGUAACACAACUUCGGGCUUAUCGUUUACAACAAGUUCCAUAUAAUUUACCUUACGUAUUUGGUAGUGAUACACCUAUCACAUGGUGGAGUACAUGCGAACCUAAACCUGCUUAUAUACAAACACUUGCUUUAAAAUUAUUUUCAAUCAUUCCGAAUAGUGCUAGUUGUGAGCGCAUUUUUUCUUCUCUAGGAUACAUUUAUGGUAAACGGCGACAAAAAUUAAAAAUUAACAAAUUAGAAGGAUUAGCAAAAAUAUACCGUUAUAAUAUUUCUAAUAUGGAACAAGAGAUGAAACAUGCUAAAAAUGGUCAUGAUUUUUAUUAUACACCUGAAGAAUUACAAGAUAUUAUUCAAAAUAACUUUGGAGAUUUAGAAGAUGACAAUGAUAUACAAGAAAUAGAUUUAACAGAUGAAUUAAGAGACUUAGAAGCAGAAGAAAGAAAUGCCUGGUCGGAGAAUAAUUCAGAUGUAAUUCUUAAU